GAUGCUCCGAGAAUACGGACCAAUGGGAGCAGCUCAGGUUUGAGGCGACAAAACGGUCCGUACCUGACACGCUGGCGUAUUUCGACGUCGUCUCUCGACGACUUUAGAAGAUCGUGUUCUUUGAACUGUGAGAAGAGAAGUUGGGGCGCCGCGGAGCUGACACUGGUUCAGAACGCUGCCCCAAAGUUUUUCUACUUUCACGACAUUCUUGAGGACACAACAUACGCGACAUCAGAAGCAUGAAGUGGACGGUGUUGGUCUCGGCUCUUCUGCUGUGUGUCUCGAUCGGUGGGACAAAUGCACAAGUCAGCUGCCCAGCAGGAUGGAGCCCCUACGGUGCCAGAUGCUAUCAAGUAUUCAUCGCUCAACUGACAUUCCAACAGGCGGAACAGCAUUGCGCAAAUCCGGCCAUACGCCAGGUCAAUGACGGUGUGACUGCUCGGGUGGCUAUGCCAAAAGACCAAGGGAUCAACGAUCACAUUAUUGCUCUGCGGAACAGCGUCGCACCCCCGGCCUCCUGCUGGAUUGGACUGACAGAUAGGGACAAUGAGGGCGCCCACAGGUGGAUAGAUGGGGAAUUAUUGGGAGCCUACAACUACUGGGCAUAUGAUGUAUCGGAUCCAUCGAACAAAAUCAUUGAACCCAACGAAUCGCCCGGCGAUGCAGACUGUGUUCGCAUGGAGAGAAAUAUACCAACUUCACCAAAUAUCUCCGAUCAUUGGAGAGAUUUUCCUUGUGAUGAUCUACAAGCUUUCUGUGUGAUCUGUGAAACACUUGGUCCAUGCGAGGUAGACAAAGGCACCUGCUUUGCAUCUGGAGAUCCACACUACGGUUCGUUCGACAACAGGCGUUAUGACUUCCAAGGCCCGUGCAGAUACACAUUCGCCAAGGACUGUGAUGGCGAUCCGGACUUUACUGUGGAAGUACAAAACGUAGGCCUACCGCCGUUCCCGAGUGCAUUUUCCGUUACCGAAGAAGUCUACGUGAUAGCAUUUGGGAUGGAAAUCUCGCUUCUUCAAGGCUACGGAAAUGUGGAGGUGGGCGGAAUGCCCAUAAACCUUCCCUACCACGAACCAGCUGGUAGGAUUGAGGUUCACCAGGUCGGCAGAUUUGUCCGUGUGCGGCUGGUAGACUCAUGCGUGGAGGUGUUCUUCGACGGAAGUCACCAAGUCAGGGUGACUGUCCCAAGAACCUACGUGAACGACAUGUGUGGUCUGUGUGGUAACUUCAACGAUGACCCGUCCGAUGACCUGAACGGACUGAGCGAAUACGAUUUCGGGACUUCACAUCUGACCGACAACGCAACAUGUCCUGGAGGUGUCCUUCCGCCGGAAGUACCUGUACCUGAUUGUAACGACACAUAUGAGGCUCAAGUGUCGGCGGAUGACAUGUGUGGAUUGAUAAGCGAUGCGGACGGCCCGUUUGCUAUUUGCCAUGGCGUUGUGGAUCCUCAGCUUUACUUUGACAACUGCGUCUAUGACAUGUGUGCAGGAGCACCCGAUGCGCUAUGCCAGAACAUGGAGGCGUAUGCGGUGGAAUGCGUGGAUGAAGGGGUGCCCUCCUCGAUUCUUGAUUGGCGGACUGAGGACCGAUGUCCACUGGACUGUCCAGCGAACAGUUUUUGGAGUCCAUGCGCAACCUCCUGUCCUGCGACCUGUGUCGACCCGAACGCCCCGGAUCAUUGUCUUGAAUCCUGUGUAGAAGGCUGCCAGUGCGAGGAUGGUUUUAUAGACAGUGGUGGUGCCUGUGUACCUUCUACAGACUGUGGCUGCGUCGAUCAUUAUGGAUUCUACCACCCUCUUGGAGAAGUAUGGGAUGAUCCUGAUAAUGCGGGAUUCGAAUGUGAAUGUACUGUAGAUGGCAUCAUCUGUGGAGAUGCCGAUGGAUGCGACCCCGACCCGUGUGAUCCCAAUGCUGAAUGUACAGACGUUCCAGCUCCCGGCACCGGUGCUACUUGUGACUGUAACGAUGGAUAUGAGGGAGAUGGACUCGUAUGCACAGCGUUGCCAUGCCCAUAUCUGAUGGCCCCAGCAAAUGGAGCUCUGAGCGAUGACGGACCGUACGUUUACCUGGACGUGGUCACGUUCACCUGUGACGAGGGAUAUUCACUCAACGGAGCCUCUAGUGUGACGUGUCUGGCGACACAAUUGUGGAGUGAUGUUGUUCCAACUUGCGACCCGUUGCCAUGCCCAAAUCUGAUGGCCCCAGCAAAUGGAGCUCUGAGCCCUGACGGACCGUACGUUUACCUGGACGUGGUCACGUUCACCUGUGACCCGGGAUAUGAACUGGCCCCGGGCGGAGCCUCUAGUGCUAUGUGUCUGGCAGACCAAACAUGGAGUGCUGAUGUUCCAACUUGCCAACGGGUGGAAUGCCCAUAUCGGAUGGCCCCAGUAAAUGGAGAUCAGAGUUCUGACGGACCGUACUAUUACGGGGACGUGGUCACGUACAGCUGUGACCCGGGAUACGAACUGGUUGGACCCACUAGUGCGACGUGUCAGUCGGACGAAUCAUGGAGUGCUGAUGUUCCAACUUGCCAACGGGUGGAAUGCCCAACUCGGAUGGCCCCAGUAAAUGGAGCUCAGGCUCCUCAAGGACCGUACUAUUACGAGGACGUUGUCACGUACAGCUGUGACACGGGAUACGAACUGGUCGGAGCCUCUAGUGUAACGUGUCAGGCGGACACAACUUGGAGUGCUCCUGUUCCAACUUGCGAACGGGUGGAAUGCCCAACUCGGAUGGCCCCAGUAAAUGGAGCUCAGGCUCCUCAAGGACCGUACUAUUACGAGGACGUUGUCACGUACAGCUGUGACACGGGAUACGAACUGGUCGGAGCCUCUAGUGUAACGUGUCAGGCGGACACAACUUGGAGUGCUCCUGUUCCAACUUGCGAACGGGUGGAAUGCCCAUAUCGGAUGGCCCCAGAAAAUGGAGCUCAGAGUCCUCAAGGACCGUACUAUUUCGGGGACGAGGUCACGUACAGCUGUGACACGGGAUACGAACUGGUCGGAGCCUCUAGUGUAACGUGUCAGGCGGACACAACUUGGAGUGCUACUGUUCCAACUUGCGAACGGGUGGAAUGCCCAUAUCGGAUGGCCCCAGAAAAUGGAGCUCAGAGUUCUGAAGGACCGUACUAUUACGGGGACGAGGUCACGUACACCUGUGAUGAGGGAUACGAACUGGCCCCGGGCGGAGCCUCUAGUGUAACGUGUCAGGCUGACGAAAGUUGGAGUGCUGAUGUUCCAACUUGCCAACGGGUGGAAUGCCCAUAUCGUAUGGCCCCAGUAAAUGGAGCUCAGAGUUCUGAAGGACCGUACUAUUACGGGGACGUGGUCACGUACACCUGUGAUGAGGGAUACGAACUGGCCCCGGGCGGAGCCUCUAGUGUAACGUGUCAGGCUGACGAAAGUUGGAGUGCUGAUGUUCCAACUUGCCAACGGGUGGAAUGCCCAUAUCGGAUGGCCCCAGUAAAUGGAGCUCAGAGUUCUGAAGGACCGUACUAUUACGGGGACGAGGUCACGUACAGCUGUGAUGAGGGAUACGAACUGGCCCCGGGUGGAGCCUCUAGUGUAACGUGUCAGGCGGACGAAACUUGGAGUGCUGAUGUUCCAACUUGCCAACGGGUGGAAUGCCCAUAUCGGAUGGCCCCAGAAAAUGGAGCUCAGAGUUCUGAAGGACCGUACUAUUACGAGGACGUGGUCACGUACAGCUGUGACCAGGGAUACGGACUGAACGGCGCCUCUAGUGUGACGUGCCAGGCGGACCAAACAUGGAGUGCUACUGUUCCAACUUGUAACGCAAUGACCCGGGACGACUUGUGCGUAGGCCCAGAUAGAGGAUAUUGCCAUGCUUGCGGAGAUCCACAUUUUAGGACGUUUGAUAGGCGUCCUCACCACUUCCAAGGCCCGUGCAGAUACAUCUUCGCCAAGGACUGCGGAAACAACGACUUUAGUGUGGAAGUACAACAAGUACCCGUACCCCGCAGGCCAGUUGUGUCCGUUGUGCGUGAGGUGUUCGUAAUAGCCCACGGGUACGAAAUCGGAAUUCACCAAGGCAAUGACGUGACGGUGGACGGAGUGCUAUACACGCCUAAUUUUUCACUGGCAAUGGGCAAGAUCCGCGUCAGGUUCCGAGGCAUUUGGGUUCACGUGCAUUUGGUGGACUUAUGCGUGGACAUUUACUACAAUGGGCGCCACUGUGUUAAGGUGAAGGUUUCAGCUUACUACUAUGAUAGGAUGUGUGGACUGUGUGGUAACUUCAACAACGACAGGAGCGAUGACUUCAUGAUGUCAGAUCUGGUGACCAUCGCUACGAACUGGAACGACUUCGGGUUUAGCUGGUUGGUCCAGGACGAAGACAAUGAGCUGUGUAUUGGACCGCCACCGCCACCACCUUGUCCCCCCGAGUUGGAGAUGCUUGCUAAUGACCUGUGCGGGAUCAUUACAGCCAAUAACGGCCCGUUUGCCCCUUGUCAUGCCUUCGAAGAUCCUCUGGAAUACUUUGGGGACUGUGUCUACGACAUUUGCGCACAAGACGGAGACAUCGUGGGUCUUUGUGACAACCUGGAGGCAUAUGCCGACGCAUGUGAUGAUAAGGGCGUGCACAUUAGUUGGCGGACACCAGACCUUUGUCCCUUGCCGUGUCCACCAAACAGCCAUUACGACCCAUGCGCAAGUCCCUGUCCUCCGACCUGCCAGGAUCCCAACCCAAUCUGUAUACAAGUCUGUGUAGAAUGCUGUGAGUGCAAUGAUGGCUACAUCAUGAGCGGACAGCACUGCGUUCCAAUAGAGGAAUGCGGAUGCACCGACCCUGAGACCGGCCGUUAUUACGAGCUCGGGGAAACGUGGGUACAGAACGGUAGACGUUGCGAAUGCAGAGAAAACAACAACAUUGUCUGCAAAGGAUGUUCCUUUGACAUCGUCUUCAUACUCGACCGCUCUUCGAGCAUUGGACCCUAUGGGAUGUACAUCGCCGAAAAAUACAUCGCUUAUAUCAUCAGAUGCUUGUUUGGCGUGGAUGUUGAAGUUGGGUACAUUGUAUUUGACUGUAUAUCGAAGUGGCUGAUCGCUCUGGGACUGUACACCGUGGAUACGUCCGGUCUCAUCCCCCAAAUCAAGGCUGCUGAGUUCACCGGGGGAAUAAGCCGAUCUGGGAAUGCCAUUCGGCAUUUUUCGAGCACGGCCAAUUUCCGAAACGGGAUUCCUAAAGCGGCAAUUGUACUGACGGAUGGUCGUGCGUAUGGCGAUAACCCGGACAACUUGUAUCAAUACGAAUCUGAUGCAGCAAGGGCCAUGGGCAUUGAGAUGUACGCUGUGGCAGUUGGAAGGGAGUACUACUUCGACUACAAUGCACUUACGUACAUCGCGGGUGGGGCAGACCGAGUGUUUGGUCAAUUCAGCUGCUGCGCUCUUGCCUACAGGAUGAUGUGUGACUUGUGUGUGUUCCCUCCGCCAUGUGAUGCGAAUGCGGACCUGUUCUUUGUUUUGGACGGAUCUGGCAGCGUGGGCUCCGCCGAUUUCGCUACAGUUAAAGACUUCGUUGUGUCAGUGGUCAGCGCUUUCACUAUCAGUUUAACUGACACGAGAGUUGGCGUGGUCCAAUACUCAAGUAGCCCACACCUGGCGUGUAAUCUGGGACAGCAUCCUGAUCAGCAAUCAUUCGUCGACGCCAUCACCAACAUGGUCCAAAUAGGCGGGGGCACAAAUACGGGAGCUGCCCUGGCUUAUGCACGUACAACGGCUGCCUGGAGGGGCUCUCCUUUUCCAAAGAUUAUGAUAGUUCUGACUGAUGGACAGUCAGGGGACAGUGUCGACCAAGCGUCCUUAGAUCUGGCCAAUGACGGUAUUAUCGUGUUCGCCAUCGGUGUGGGCAACUUUGAUGCCGCAGAACUACAACAGAUCACCAACAACAACUCAGACCGAGUGUUUGAACUGGCCGACUUUGAAACCCUGACUAACAGCAUCGAUCAGAUCGUUGAGGCCCUCUGCAACGGUGCAACUCCAUGAAGCGUGAACUAUGUUUGACCGAAUCUAAGGACCUUGACUCACUACUGACAUUGGAGAGUGUAGUCUUCAGCGGGAUCAUCCUCCUUCUGCUGAAGACUACUGCAGAUAGUAUGGUUCCUUUGCGCUUCCACAAGCAUUACUACAAACGUUUUUCAGCUUUCAAUUCCUACUUGCUGUAACUGGUGGCCAUGACCUAAUCAAUUUGCUCACUGACUCACUCUCUAAUCAACCUAAUGCAGCAUUAAAUAAAACAGACGGCUUAGACUUGAACUCAGUAAUACUAAAACACGUUAAGACACUUAAUGAGACUUCACAUUGCCAGAGGAAUCAUACAGUACUUCUGUUGAUAGAGACAUCUCUUUAAAUCUUUAUUUCAGGAUUCUGUCGUAUCCUUAUUUCUAUCUCCAAGUAGCUUCCUAAGUGCUAUUGUUGCAUACAGGUGGCCCAAAUGGUCUUUUAUGUAUCUAUACGGAAAGACUGCAAUACAAAAUGUAACUUGCAUCUGCCUUACUAUUGCCAGUAUUUAGAGUUGUGACAUGAUAGAACAACACACAACCUAGUAUCUUGUGAUUGAUGAGCAAGUAGUGUCUUCAGUAAAAAAAAUGCAUGGAUUAGUCUAUACUCUAUAGUACAAGCUAGAUUCUCCUAAAUGAUUCUGUGCAAUAAUCUGUUGUUCUUGUCGCUGGAAGACGGAUACAUGUUCUCCCCUCACAAUAUGCUUAGCAAUGUUGCUACGAAGUACAUCUUGUUACAUGUACUGUGGAAACUCAUUCAGACAUUCCAGUCAAACUAAAACUGAUGAUUCCUUAACCUGGUGAUAGGGGGAAGGCUGGAUCCACAUUCUAAAACAUAUAAGAUAUAAAAUCCUUAAAACAUAAACCUAUUCCACGUGAAUUUGUCAAAAUUGGUUUACAAUUUUCCCCAACACAUCUAGACUGCAAACAACAUGGCAAUCGUCUUGCUACCUUACUAUUUGUAACGUUGUUUGGUAUAUAUCGCCCCGAACAGAAAACAACAUAUGUCAAUGCAAAACGUCAAAAAUUGGUUUUAAUCGUGGAAGAGGUAAAUAAAAUGAUAUAACCUAGUACUUCAUAGAAAAUUAUUCUAUGGUGUUUAAUGCUGCUUAAUGGGGCCAUGGAUUAAAGCUACAUCAAUACGUUAAUCGGAAUAUUGUAAACCAAGACAAUUUA